AUGCCACAAAUUGCAAUCGAUGGUGUAGAGAUUGAUUUUCCUUAUCAACCAUAUGAUUGCCAAAUUGAAUAUAUGACAAAAGUUCUGUUAUCAUUAAAUGAGGGUAAACAUGCCAUUUUGGAGUCACCUACUGGUACCGGUAAAACGUUAUGCCUGUUAUGCGCUUCAUUGGCAUGGCUUGAUAAACAAGCGAAUUCAGUACAAUCAAUAACAAAUGCUAAACAUCAAAAUACAAUGGGUAAACGGCCUACCAGUGAUAAUGUUGAUAAUACGUUAUCUCAUCAAAAUUUUCUUGCAAGUUUGGGUAAAGUGAAUAAUGGAUGUAAGAUUAUUUUUGCAUCAAGAACCCAUUCACAACUAGCACAGGCUAUUAAUGCAUUAAAAGGGACGGUUUAUUCAAGACAUAGCGUCAGUGUCGUCGGGUCAAGAGACCAAUUGUGUCUUCUUCCCGAUGUAACAUCGUUAGAGUCGAAUUCUGCCAAAAUUUAUGCGUGCCGUAUGAGAGUCCAAACGAGAACGUGUGAAUAUUUCAGGAAUUUUGACUCUAAACGUGAUGAUAUUUUAACCAAUUUAAAAUCUGAAGGUAUUGUCGAUAUUGAAGAUUUAUCUAAUUAUGGUCAAAAAAUAAAAUGUUGUCCUUAUUUCAUAUCGAGAGAACUUAAAACCGAUUCAUCUUUGAUUUUCAUGCCUUAUAAUUACGUGCUUGAUCCUCGAAUUCGAAGUCUUUAUAAUAUUAAUCUUGAAAAUACAACAGUUAUUUUCGAUGAAGCUCAUAAUAUUGAGCAAGUAUGCGAAGAUGCUUCAUCAGUGACAUUAAGUUCUGCUUUAUUAGCGUCAGCUAUUGAACAUGUUAAAUGUGUGUGCGAAGUUGUAUUUGAUCAUACUAAGGAGCAUCAAGAAAUAGAACUUUCAGACAGUAACUGCAACAUAAAUCAAAAUAGUGAACAAAAACUCUCAGUUAUAAUGAAUAGAAAAGGAUUGUUUGAUAUGACACAUCCUGAAGAAAAUGCAAUUGAAGCUUUGAGCAUUGAAAAAAUGAUUACAUUAAAAGGACAGUUGAUAGAAUUAGAAAGAUUAAUUGAUGAAUUAAAUGUCCCUCCUGAAGGUCUUACCAAAGAUGGCGCUUUCAUCUUUGAUCUUCUUAGUCGAGCUGGAAUCAAUCACUGGACCAAUAAUACCCUACAAACCGUAAUCGAUGAGAUUAUGUCAUUCACCAAUUCAACACAUAAUGUCAAAAUUCGCAAAACCAAAGGUUUACACGAAGUCAGUGAGUUUCUAAAAACUGUGUUCGGGUACCUCCCGGGUGAAGCAAAUGUAACUUUCAAUUUCAAGACACACUUUAAACUACAACAUAAUGAUUCAAUCUCCUGUUAUCGUUUACAUAUUAAAGAUGAUAUAUUAUCAGCUAACAAUUGUAAUAAGUAUGGUAAAAAUGCUUGGGAUAUGCAGCCUAACACUACUACUACUGUUGGUGCAGCUAAUCGUACAAUUAGUUAUUGGUGUUUCAGUCCUGGACGUGCUAUACAACAAUUGAUCCAACAAAAUGUACGUUGUAUCAUUUUAACUAGUGGUACACUCUAUCCAAUUGAACCAAUAGAAGCUGAAUUAAACUUGAAAUUUCCCAUAUCACUCCGUAAUCCUCAUGUUAUUAAUCCAGACCAAUUGAAUUUAUCAAUUAUACCACGUGGACCCGAUGGAGAGAAAUUAAAUGCCACCUAUUCUGUACGAGAAACAUCUGCUUAUCGAAAUUCAUUAGGUCUACUAUUAAUUCAAUUAGCUGAAGUCGUACCUGCUGGCCUAUUAAUAUUUUUUCCAUCAUAUGCGUUUAUGUCACAGUGUAUCGAAUUUUGGAAGAAUGGUGAUAUUUAUGAAAAAUUAUCAAAAUUUAAACAUAUUUUUAUUGAACCACGUGAAAAAAGUCAGUUCAACAAGAUAUUUAAUGAAUAUCGAAGAACUGCAUGUAUUGAAAAUUCAAUCGGCGCAAUUCUUUUCGCUGUAAUGCGUGGACGUGUAAGUGAAGGGCUAGAUUUAGCUGAUAAUGCUGAUGAACAAUUUGUUAAAUUGAAAUCUAAUUCAACAAAUGAUCAACAACAAAAAACUCUGAUUGAUAAAUAUCCAACUGGUCGUCAGUGGUAUAAUUUACAAGCAUGGCGUGCAAUCAAUCAAGCUGUUGGAAGAGUAAUUCGCCAUUACAAAGAUUAUGGUAUUAUAUAUUUAUGUGAUGAACGUUUUGCAUCAAAUAAUGCCCAAAUGAAUUUAGCUGGUUGGAUGCAAACAAAAUGCAAAAUAUACAAUAAGGUGGAAUUAGUUGUAAAAGAUACAUAUGAAUUCUUUUGUAAUAUGCGCAAUAAAUAUCCAUCCAUCGAUCGACCUGUUGAUACUACUUCAAUUGUAAAUAAUAUGUUAACUGAGAAAAGUUCACUGCGAUCAGUAAAUCGAACACAAGCAUCUUUAGAAAGAUCUAACUUGAUAUCAAAUCUCCCUUCAGCUUUUGAACUGAAUAUAUUCAGUCCAAAUGUGAAUGAUUCAGUUACUCUCAUAACAAGUUAUCAUUCGAAUCACUCACCGUGUUCAUCAAAACUUCAUGAAUGUAAUGUUGAUUAUAAAAUAGAUUCGAUCUCGUCAUCAGCAUCCAUAUUUGAUACGGUGUACAUUGAAUCAGAGAAUAUAGACCAGAAUAAAUAUAUAUCAGAUUCUAAAUCAUACUCUGGUGAUCUACUAGAACAGAAGUUAUUACAACGAAAACCAUGUAAACGAAUAAAACUUUUGGAACAGAAAAAUAAUUCUAUAGAAUUAUCAGAAAAUGUUUCAUCUACAACUAUUUUAAAUAAUGAUAAUUCUUUAUCAUCUAAAUAUAUGACCUUGUUAAAAUCUGUUCUUAAAUCGAAUGGAACCAAUGAAUCUGUUUAUGCAAGUCGUCUUAAUGAUUUUAAACAAGUUAUGAAAGAAUAUAGACAAGCUAUAACACUAAAUCAAAAUACAUUAACCAAUCAGUCUAAUCAACUGGUAGAAGUAUUAUUCACUCAAUUAUCUAGAAUAUUUAUACCAUUAGAAGCACCUGGACUUUUACAAGAUGCCAUUUGUUUUAUCUUACCGGAGCAUCGUAAACGUUAUGCUGAGUUGUGUCAUAAUUUGACGGGGUUACCAAUUAUUCAAUCAAAUUCAUUAAAUAAGUCUGUAGAUACUUCAAAUCAAGUGUCUCGCAGCCUAGCAAUUAAUUCAAAUCAACCAGUAAAACUAGAUAAUAUACCUGAAGUCUCAAUGAAAUGUUGCAAAUGCUCAGCUGAUCCGGCACAAGUUCCAGUGAUAUCAUGCUGUAAGCACAUAGCUUGUUUUAAAUGUUGGCGACAUAUCAUCGACAAAGGUGAUCAUCAAUGUCCUGUAUGUAGAAAAUUACUGAGACGACGUGACUUAUCACGUUUGAUACAAAAGAAGGAUACGGAACAAAAUCUUUAA